AUGACAUUACUCGACGUGUCGGCGGAAGCCGUACACGCAGCAACCCCUACGAGUGCGCAGGCAGACGCCGAGGCCGUUCUGCAAAAAGGUUGCGGCGAGUACGGAUGCUCACACUACCGGAGAAGAUGCAAGAUCAAGGCUCCGUGUUGUAAUGAGGUGUUUGACUGCCGGCACUGCCACAACGAUGCCAAGAGUUAUUCAGAGGACAAAAGUCGACAUGAGAUCGCUCGGCACAAUAUCGAGCGGGUAGUUUGUUCCUUGUGUUCGACUGAGCAAAAGGUGCAACAAGUAUGCGAGGCGUGCGGCGUGUGCAUGGGACGGUAUUUCUGCUUCAAAUGCAAGUUCUAUGAUGACGAGGUUGCAAAGAAGCAUUUUCACUGUGAUGAGUGCGGUAUCUGCAGAGUUGGUGGCAAGGACAAGUUUUUCCACUGCGACAAGUGCGGCUGCUGCUAUGCCACGUCGUUAAGAGAGGACCACCGCUGUGUGGAGAAAUCCAUGCAUCACAACUGCCCCGUGUGCUUCGAGUUUCUUUUUGAGUCGCUUCGGGAGACGUCGGUGCUGAGGGAGUGUGGGCAUACAAUCCAUACAGAGUGCCUGGACGAGCUGAGGAAACACAACAGGUAUGCGUGCCCCAUCUGCUGCAAGACCAUGUUUGACAUGUCUCGAGUGUGGGCGCAGCUGGACCAGGAGGUUGCUGCAACACCCAUGCCAGAAGCAUAUCAAAACCAGAUGACACCCAUCCUGUGCAACGACUGUGGAGGCAGCGGUUCUGUGCCAUUCCAUGUGGUGGGGCACAAGUGCCCGCACUUUCCUGCAGCCAUGUGGGAGGAAGGCGUGGUGCUCCACGGCGGGCGAAAGCGAUGGCGCCACGGCAGAGCUCGCGAGGACGGUGUGCCGCAGUACAUUCACGAUCGCCUUAUGUUACUGUGUUACGAAAACGACCCGCUUCACCUCACCCCCGCCAUAGACAACCACAGGUACAUCGGGGUGAUGACGGAAGCAGCGCGCAUAUUCGCUCACAACUACUCAGCCGACGUGCUUCUGCUCAACUUCGGCCCGCCUCUUCCUGACGCUGAGCUCUACUCGCUCUUCAACAAGAACGUGUGCGAGCUGGGAGCGCCGUGGGACUGGCCUCGUGGGCCCAUGGUGUGCCCUCUUGAUAUCAUCUUUCGAGCCUGCUCCACCAUGCACACCUGGCUAACAGCAGACGAUGACCACGUGGCAGUGCUGCACACGCGCAGCCCAAGCAACGUCGGGGGAGCAUGCUUCCUCCGCUUUGUUGCUGCAUGCUACCUCUCCUACAGAGUUUCCCAGUGCGUGGCAGGCCCUUGCUUCCCUCCCCCAACCCCUCGGCCAACCAGAACUCGCCACAGGGGCAGCAUGGGGCAGCAACGAUACUGCACCUACGUGGAUGAGUUUGUGAAGGCAGGGAGAGGGGAUGAGGUGGGUGCUGUGCGGUGCUGCAAGGUGGUGUGCAGUGGUGUGCGGUGCUGUGUGGCUGUGUGUGGGUGCCGCACUGACAAAGGAAAGGCAGCAUGGGACAGCAGCGCUACUGCAACUAGCUACUGCAGCUGUGUGGACAAGGUUGUGAAGGCAGGGCGAGGGGACGAGGUGGGUGCAGUGCGUGCAGUCUUCUUUCCCUGCCCCCUCCUCUCCCCUUUUGUCCUCCCGUUCCUUUCCAAACUUCCCCUCCCCCCGUCGUCUUCCCCUGCAGCCCACUCAACAGCCACUAUCCCAUCCCCACCUCCCAUCCCCACCUCCCAUCCCCACCUCCCAUCCCCACCUCCCAUCCCCACCUCCCUGCCACCUCUCUUUGUGUUGCCCCCCUCCUGCCAGCCAUCACUCGCCUCCCUGCCGCCCGCCGCCCCGAUUCUUCGAAAGCUCAUUCUCAGCGCAUGCCCAUCCAUCGAUGGGGCUGGCGUUUUUCGGCCGUAUCUUAAGGUGUUUCGGAGGGGAGCAGAAGUGAGCAGCACUGUCUUGCCUGGAGAGGCAACAGCACCUAAGCUGUUUCUCUCUCAACCCGCAUCGCCUCACCACUCACUACACCCAGGCAACAGCGGCAGGGACGAGAGCGAGCCGGUGUUUGUCUUUGCCUUCCACUCGGCAUUCCUACGCAUCGGCCUCACCAGAAUAACCCUCCACGAGCUCGACUGUGCCUACGGGGGAGACAUCCAAGUGCCGGCAGAUUUUUUCAUCGAUGUGCUCAUAGAGAUGCCGCGGCCACGUGGCGGCACGCCAUUGGCCGACGGUCACUCCGAUGCUGCGCCAGCUGGCAUGAUGCUGACGUGGCAGCAGCUGCUGGCGGCGUACCGCGACGACUUUGUGGAAGCUUCCAGGAAGCAGCGGAUGGCCCACGGGAGGGAAGAGACGAGGCUUGGAAGAGCUGAGGCAGAGAGGAGCGAGCGGGACCGGAAGGGAGAGGGACCGGGAGGGUUUAGGAGGGACCGGGAGGGAGAGAAAGGAGUGAACGGGAGGGGCAGCAGCACGUUCACCUUGGAUCAGCAGGAGCGUUUUCAACUGGCAAUUUCUCAAAGUGCUCUUGCAACGCCAGCAGUAGAUGGGAGGGGCGGGUUGCCUCAGUUGCAAGAGCUAGAGAGGGACCGGAGGGAUGGAGUGGGGGAUGAGAGGAGGAGUCUGGCUCGCAGUUUAGUGACUGAGGUGCUAUCACACCCGCUCCUGCGCCACACAGGACAGGCAAGCCACCCGGGCAUGCUGUCUGUGCCGCCCGCCAUCAUGCUUACUCAAUUCCGCAUGCCCGAGAAUCAAAUCCGAGAUCUGAUCCUCGCAGGAGAUCCCAAGCACGUGCUCCCACCUGACCGCCUGGGCCUGCUGCUUCAGGUGAUUCCAACAGAGGAGGAGGCGGUGAGGUUCAGGGCAGUCUCAGGUGCUGCUUCAGGUGCCAUGUGUGCACCUGAGCGUUUCCUCUGGUCCAUAUCGCUGAUUCCGAGAAUGCGGAGGAAAAUCGAGGCGCUUAUGUUUGUGCGGCAUUUUCACACCAUAGUGAACGACGCCCGGGCAGUCAUAAAAGUUUUUUGUUCUGCUGCCCGAGCGAUUCACAGCAGCAAGAUUCUCCGGGCAGCGCUAGCAGCGGCGCUUGAAGUGGGGAACGAGCUCAACCGAGGCAGUGCAAGGGGUUCGGCUCGCGGGUUCUCUCUAGAAUCCCUCACCCGCCUCUCAGAAGUGCGGGUCACUCCCCCCUCCCACCGUGCCAAGGGCCUCGACACACUGUUCACCGCCUCCCAGCUGACUUCUGAGGCAACGCUUCGCCAGCUGGCACGAUACCUCGGGGAGUCCAAACCCCAACCCUCAACAUCGGAUGCACUGUUGGCGUCCUUGUGGUCGUUUGCCACACUCUUUGAUCGAGCACAGGCGGCACUGAACAUAGACAUUGAAUCGGGUGCAGACACUCCCACAUCUCCUCAUGCCUCCCUCCCCGUUUCCACGUCGCCUGGAAAGUCGCUUCCCCUCUUCUGCUGCGCGCCUCCGCUCGCAAAGAACGCGUUUUCCGCAAGUGGCAGCGCGGAUGGCGAAAAUUCAGGAGAGUUCACCGCGGUUUACCCUUCCGAUUUGCGCAUCGCCAACCCUAAGGAAGUAACCAGCACUGCGGACGAAAUAGAAAAGCUUCGCAAGGACGAGAAGGAUCGCCAGAGGCGUCGUCGCCGGACCUGCUGCUGCCGCGUCGCAUGCUGGUCGCUCAUCGUCCUCGCGGUCGUUAUCGUCGGUCUAGGCGUCGCAGGGCUCGUCGCAUACCUGACAGUCUCGAAGCAACAGCCGGAGGUGAAGGUCGAGCAAAUAAACAUCAUCCGCGUCGGCAUCACAAAAUCCGGCGGCGGCUUGCUGGGCCUCGAAAACUUCCGCCUGGGCCUAUCCGCGUUAAUAAACGUCACCGCGCUCGUGUAUAACCCCAACAACUGGGACGUGGAAGCGGAAAACAUCAGCAUCGACGUGAAAUUCUUCGACAUGCAUGUUGCGAAUGUGACCCUGCCAGGCGUUGUGGGCAUGAGCAAGGGCGGCAGCGCGGAGUUGACUGUCCCCCUCGAUAUUUUCGACGCGCCCCUGGCGACGCUGAGUCCCGCGAGCCUGCUGACGACGCCGCUGCUGCAUGGGCGCGCGGAAAUGCGGGUGGUGGUUGGCACUGCAGCGCGCGUGAAAUACUGGGGUAUCUCGUCGCCGCGCGUUAUGGUGCAUGUGGAAUGCACGAUGCAGCUGGACACGUUUUCCGCUAAGAAGUACAACGAGCAGUGUACACCCAGCAUCUCAUUGUGA